UGUUUCUUCCCCUGCUUUCUGCUUAUGAGAGCACACUCAGCCCUCAGCAGUUGUCACGUUGUUACUGCCGUACGUGAUGAGCGCCACAAAGCAGACCAAUCGCGAUAUCCUGUGUCGUCUCGGAUUCGAUAUGAUGGCCCAUCUCGAGGCAAUGCGCGGCAAGGGCAUGGGCAUCCGAGACUUUGAGAUCCAAGACUGCGUGCAGGCGUCGGCGGCAGCCUUGCGGGUCUGGGAAGACAGCAACUUUCCUUAUAGACUCCCAGAAGACCUGCGUGCUUUCCUCCGUACGUCCAACGGUUUUUCGCUGGAAUGGGCCUCCAAGCAACAGCAGCGCUCACCAGAAGAGGGAGGGAGUGGGGGCGAGAAUGUCAUCGGGAGAAUUCGCGUCGAUUCCCUUUCGGCGAUGACGCGCAUACCGCUAGACGAGGACGACCUCCGAGACAUGGCCUACGCUCGCACUCGCGCGGCGGCGGCCGCGGCCGCGGCAAGAGCACGAUCGUUGCCCCGCCGCCGCCCGCGUUUUCCGUCCUCCGGUCACGGUGAUAACGGUCUCGACGCGAAAGGAUUCCACGGCGGCGGCACUGCUGCUGUCCUCGCAGCCACCUUUGCGCCGUCUUCCUCGGAGGAUCAUGCCAAGACUCCAGCUACGAGCAGCAGUAGCGCUUACGGCAUCGCCGCUUUUUGUGUUGAUUCUUCCUGCGAGGUUGGGAGGGUGGCGCUAGUCUACGGCGGUACCCCGGUUAUGGGAUCCGGCGGCGAUACGGAUUUUGGAGAGAGGCGUGAACGUCCCCGCAACAGCAGCAACGGCAGCACCAGGGAAAAGGACAGCAGCCGAAAUAAGGCCUCAGCAACACAGGAGCUUUCCAACCCGGAGGUUUGGCUGCAGGACCUAUCUUGCAGGUGGCACUUCCUUGCGGAUGGCUUCACGAGCUACUUCCGUAUGAUGGUGCUCCAUCUCGGGGUACUUGGCUGGCAGCAGGCGUUUACACCUGUUGGCUUGAGUCCCACCACGGAGCAGUGCAUGCGAGUGUUCUGCCCGGACAGGCUUCUGUUGGAUCAGCUAGAGUGGCGAGCAGAACGAGCGAACGCGAAAGCGGCAAGGGAAUCUGCCGAGGCCGCUCAUAACCAUGACCAGCACGGUGGCGGUGUACAGGCGGACGUCCAAAGGCACAGCUAGAUCCUCGCCGUAUCUGAUAGAGACAGACGACCAAAGUUGAUGGGGCUACAAGGACUAAAUGGAAUCGUUGAUUCGGUGGGGAGCACGCUAGCGCGCAUGACCUGCAGCCAGGCAAACGUGUGCUGCGGGUGACACGUACAUGCAAGGACCGUCUGUCUGCAAGAUGCGCUGGGAGGGUCCCGAGAAGUUUCUAAGUCACUUGGCAAUCACGGUUCAUGUUCUCAACCGGUCUGAAGAACACCUUGCCUCGAACUUGUGAAUUUACAAUCCUUGGAAUGGGUUGUGGGGCUGGUUGGAUGUAUACCGCCCAAACACGACCGACUAGUGACGCCAUGUGUCGGGCCAGCAGCUAUUCCUGGGCUGAGCAGUGAUGCUGUUUAGUCCCUGUGCAAGUGCGGGUAUUUGGGGGACUCGAGCUGACGGGUGCGAAUCCAAAGGGUCAAAACUGGGG